UCCCCAACUGGGCCAACAUGAAACGUCGUUGACGGUAAAACCAUAACACAUUUGUAGUAAACCCUGCACAAACUUUCGCUAAUUUGGCAAACAUGUUACCAUUAUAAGCAAUGCACUCUCAACUUUAUCUUUCUAUAAUUUCCCUUCUUUUUCAUUGCAAGAUGCCAACAAACACUCAUUCAUAUAGAGCAUAGGAACUAUAUAGCAAAAAAAAAAAUCAGAAAUUAAUUAACAUAUCUACAAAAAGAAACAACAACUCAUCUGAAAAAUAGCUAGCUGCUAGGUUAUAGGAAGAAAGAUUAAUCGAUUAUGGCUCGAGGAAAGAUCCAGAUCAAGAGAAUAGAGAACACAACCAACCGACAAGUGACUUAUUCGAAACGCAGGAAUGGUCUUUUCAAGAAAGCUAAUGAGCUUACUGUUCUUUGUGAUGCUAAGGUUUCUAUUAUUAUGUUCUCUAGCACCGGCAAGCUUCAUGAAUACAUUAGCCCCUCUAUCUCAACAAAGCAGUUUUUCGAUCAGUAUCAGAUGACUGUAGGAAUUGAUCUGUGGAAUUCUCAUUAUGAGAAUAUGCAAGAGAACUUGAAGAAACUGAAAGAUGUCAAUAGGAAUCUUCGCAGGGAGAUUAGGCUGAGAAUGGGAGAUUGUUCGAACGAUCUGAGUAUGGAAGAACUGAGGUUACUUGAGGAAGAAAUGGACAAAUCCGUUAAGGUUAUUCGUGAGCGUAAGUUUAAGGUGAUAACUAAUCAGAUUGACACCCAAAGGAAGAAGUUUAACAAUGAGAGAGAGGUGCACAACAGACUCCUGCGUGACUUGGAUGCAAGAGCAGAAGAUCCACGUUAUGAAAUGAUGGACAAUGGAGGAGAGUAUGAGUCUGUGAUUGGAUUCUCAAAUUUAGGUCCGCGCAUGUUUGCAUUGAGCUUACAGCCUACUCAUCCUAACCCCCACAACGGACCACCUGCUGCCUCUGAUCUCACCACUUACCCUUUACUUUUCUAGUAUGCUGCUAUCUCUCAUAACACAAAUACCAUAAUAAAAUUAAUUAAUGACUAAUUAUAUAUAUAUCACGUACUGUUUAAGAUAUAUAUAAGCAUAAUUCUGUUUUGAAUUUAUAUGUACCUUUAUAAAUUAAACAUGGUCUUCUCAAAUAUCUUUCAUCAAAAGGCAUGUAAUGUAUGAAUUACUAAAUUGCAACUCAUUAAAGUUAACUGUACUUCAGAUCAGAUAUGAUGUGAUGUAUGCUUUUAUUCAGUGAUGAGCAUGUGGAUGCUUAGUGCAAUUACGUACUCUAAUUAAUUAGCAUGACUACUACUCAGCUUAACUUUGACACUGCUCCAAAUCAUCACUUUGUUUGAUCUUAGAAAGAAAAGGAAAUCAGGCAAUUAUGGUUUGACACCAACAUUCUUGUUCAUUUGUUGAAAUUGAUCUCUUGAUAAGCAUACCAAAAAAAUGAAAUAAAAAAUAAAAUUAAUUUUAGUAAGAUAACAUUUUUACCUUUUUAAAGUAUUCAAUACACAAAUUUUCUUAU